AUGGAAAAGGAGGCAACAAUAUACAUCAUUGACGUGGCCCGGUCGAUGGGCAGAAAGCACAACGGCAGAAACCAGAGUGAUCUGGAAUGGGCUUUGCAAUGGGUCUACGACAAAAUCACCAACGUGGUCUUCACUGGUCGUAAGACGCUUCAAGUCGGGGUUGUUGGCCUGGGCACCGAUGACACCAACAACGAAAUGCAAGGAGACACUAGUUACAGACACAUCUGCGUGCUGCAGCCGGUAGCUCAGAUCCUCCUACCUGAAUUACAGAACUUGCCUCAGGCUCUGAAACCCAGCAACACAGACGAUCGGGAUGUUCUCUCGGCAAUCAUCAUCGCUGUCGAUAUGAUGAUGAGACACUGCAAACACCUCAAGUACAAAAAGAAGAUUGUCGUGGUCACUAAUGCGACAGGAAGUCAUAUUGACGACGAUGACAUUGAAAGCACAGCGGAGCAAUUUAAGACCAACAAUAUCGAAUUGGUGGUGUUGGGGAUAGACUUCGAUGAUCCAGAGUAUGGAUUCAAAGAGGAAGAGAAGCCGCAGCUCAAGGAGGAGAAUGAGAAGAUCCUGAAGAAACUAGUUGACCUCAGCGGUGGUGUGCUGGGGACGAUGCAAGAAGCCAUCGACGAGCUUUCUCGACCGCAAAUUAAACCGGUCCGGCCGACGCCCACAUACAGAGGCCAACUGAAGCUUGGAGAUCCAGCGCAGUACGACACAGCCUUGUGCAUUGAUGUCGAGCGAUACUUCAAGACGUCUGUCAGGAGACCUCCCACGGCCAGUGCAUAUGUCGUGAAGCCCAAUGGUGCAGCUCAAGAGCAAGCAGAGAAUCUCACCAACGUGCACAACCUGUACAAAUACAAAGUCAAGGGCGAAGAAUACGAAGGCGGUGUCAAAACUCUCGAUCGCGAAGAACUGGCGAGAGGAUAUGAAUACGGGCGGACAGCGGUCCCGAUCUCGGAGUCGGAACAGAAUAUCACCAAAUUAGAGACAGAAAUGUCAUACGACAUUCUUGGUUUCGUUCCCAUGGACAACGUGGAGCGAUACAUGCUAAUGGACAACACCAACAUGAUCGUCCCUCAAAGGGGCAACGACGAAGCCGCGCUUGCGCUCUCCUCCUUGAUCCACUCGCUCUACGAACUCGGAUCUGUAGCCAUCGGCCGCCUGGUCAAGAAAGACAUGGCCGAACCAAUUCUGACGCUCUUGUCACCUCUGGUCGAAACAGGGUUGGAGUGUCUUAUCGAGAACGUUCUCCCCUUCGCAGAGGAUAUUCGAUCCUACCGCUUCCCGCCCCUAGAUAAAGUCCUCACCGUCUCCGGAAAGGCACUAACCGAACAUCGCAACCUUCCGUCCGAAGGACUCCUACAAAGCAUGAGUGAAUUCGUCAACAGUAUGAGUCUAAUUCAUGGGGGUGACGUGGAAAUGAUGGCCAUUGAUGACACAUUCUCCCCUCUCCUACACACUAUCGAAGGCGCGAUAAAAUACCGGGCCGUUCACAGCAUCGAUCCUGAACAUAAAAAUGAACUCCCGAAAAGAUCAGAAGCGUUCGACUCACUUCAAGAACAACCCCUGGAGCUGCGGGAGCGAAGCAAAGUAGCGCUCCAACGCUUGAUCGAGGCUGCGGAUGUGAAGAAAGUCCCCAACAAAGUAAAAGGGAGAAGAAGAUAUCGCGAUAGAGAGGCGGAAAAGCCAUUGUCGGGACUGAACGUGGAGGAGUUAUUCCGCAAGACACGACCACCAACCGAGCGCGGUAAGGCCCAUAUUUCGCCAGACAACGCGAUUCCAGAGUUUAAACAGCUGAUGAGUUCGACGGACAAUAUGGAAAUUAUAAAGGAUGCGGUGAGACAGAUGCAGGAGAUUCUGCAAGACUUGGUGAGGAGCGAUUUCGGGGGCCAGAAUUACUCGCGUGUGGUGGCGGGAUUGGGUGAGAUGAGAGAGGAAAUAAUCGGACUAGAGGAGCCGACAUUAUACAACGCCGUUGUGCGCGAGCUCAAGGAGAAGAUCUUUAGCGAACAGCUGGGUGGGAACAGACGCGAGUUGUGGUGGGCGAUCCGAAAGAGCAAGCUCGGAUUGAUUAGCCAGGACGAGGAUGAGCGGUCGGAUAUUGAUGGGAUGGAGGCAGAGCAGUUUCUAAACAAAGUCCCCAAGCCGCAAGGAUGA